CUCAGGCUUCUUUCUGCUAAGGAUAAAGGUUAGAACAUUCACGUGGGCAUAAGUACGUCAGUGUUUACGCAUUUAAAAAAAAAAAAACAUUUUUAUGCUAAAUGAGGAGUUGUGUUAAUUAUUAAAUAUUACACGAAAUGGGAUCCUGCACAAUGAAUAACGAAAAGAAAAGAAAGAAAGUAACUGACGAAUUAACUAAUGUGGUGACUAAAAAACAAAAGUUUGAAAAAACUAUUCUUUACAAGCAACCAACAGUGGAAGAACUUAAUCAACUUAGAGAAACUGAGACUUUAUUCCAUUCAAACUUAUUCAAACUUCAGAUUGAAGAAGUUCUCAAUGAAGUCAAACUUAAGGAUAAACAUAAAGCAUUAUUUGAAAUUUGGUUUGAGAAGCUGAAGGCAACAAUAGAAGCUAUUGACGAAACUGAAGAAAUACCGCUUACGGAUCAUAAUUUGAAAGAUAAAUUAGGCAUUCAUAUUCCAUUACCACAUGUACCAAUAGAAACUAAAAGUAUUUUCAAAUUUUUAAGACCAUCCAAUAUUAAAGUUGUUGGGUCUUAUAAUUCUGGAUCAGAAUGUAUUCUUGGAUCUAGAGUUACUAUAGAUGUAAUGGUAGAAAUACCAGCUGCCUUAUUUAGGAAACAGGAUUAUCAGAAUUAUAUAUAUUUUAGAAAAAAAGCAAUGUAUCUGUCUUUUAUAACAGCAGCUAUAGGAAGUGAUCUUGCAAAAAGCAAGAAGUUUGUUGGUGAUAAUCUCAGACCUUUGUUGAAGCUUCAGCUUAAUGGAAGGUUAAACAAAAAGAUAGAUGUAAUUAUACAUAUCUCUGUACAGGAGACUAGUUUCAAAUUAAACAGAUUUUUGCCCGAGAAAAAUAGUGUUAGACCAGGAUGGUAUUUUGGUAAAAAGUCCUUAGAAGAUAUUUCUCUACCAGCUACUCCUUAUUAUAACUCUUUAAUAUUGCACGAUUUAAUAAUGUCAAGUACAAAUUCUGAAAUUGCACAAACAAUAAGAGAAUAUCCAAAUCUGAGAGAUGGAAUAAUUUUAUUGAAAAUCUGGUUACGUCAACGUGACUUAAAUAAGGGAUUUGGUGGUUUUACUGGCCACAUUAUGACUAUGUUUGUGAUCUAUUUGCUGCGCAUAAAAAAACUUAAUACAUUUAUGAGUAGUUACCAGAUUGUACGGAAUGUUUGGGUCUGCUUAGCAUCGAAAAAUUGGUGGGAAAAUGGAAUUACUAUGUGUGAAGACAAAGCUAGUCAGGAACGAGUUUCCCAUUAUCACAAAUAUUACGAUUGUGUCUUCCUUGAUUCUACUGGAUAUCACAAUUUUGCGGCGAAUAUGUCGAGAAAUACAUUUUCAUGGAUCCAGAGAGAAGCAGAGCUGUGUCUAAAACACUUAGAUAACAUACAUGUGGAUAGUUUUCAAGCACUUUUUAUGCGAAAUGUAUCGUUCUUUAGAGCAUUUGAUCAUAUUUUAUGUUUCCAGAAUGAUGCAAUUUUAGAAGAAAUGGUAGAAAAUAAGUCUACUAUUGAGAAUAAAAUUAAUUACGGACCUGAUAAGCGCAAUCAAGCAAUUAAAUUGCUUGUUGAAGUUUUGGAAAAAGGUUUAAAAGAUAGAAUUAUUUGUUUGAGCAUAUUGCUCAAUGAUUAUAGAGAAUGGGAAUGUACUGAUGAUGCUCCAAAUAAUAUUGGAAAGAUUAUUAUUGGAUUUGAGUUGAAUCCUAAGACGUGGUUUAACAUUAUAGAUAAAGGACCUGAAGCCAAUUUAGCAGAAGCGGCUGACUUUAGAGAGUUUUGGGGCGCUAAGUCUGAAUUACGUAGAUUUAAAGAUGGAUCUAUUCGUGAGGCUGUAGUUUGGUCAAAAGGAAAAACUCUCGCGGAUAAAAGAGCAAUAUGCAAGAAAAUAAUAAUUUACUUAUUAAGAAGUAAGUUUAAUAUUAAGAAAAAUCAAUAUUUAUAUAUCGCGGAUCAAGCGGAAGACUUAUUGAAGUUGCAUAAGAACAAGAUAACACAUUUUGUGUAUCAUACCGGUGAAGAAGCUACGUUGAAAGUAUUACAAACUUUUAAUAUCUUAGAGAAAAAUUUAAUGUCACUGAAUGAUAUGCCUCUGAUGAUAAACGGUGUGCAAGGUUCAAGUCCAGUUUUCCGAUACACGGAAGUUUUUCCGCCUCUUGCUACCGUUUAUAAGCCCAUCGAUGGCGUUACCGAAGAGAAAAAAAAUUGCUUGAUUCUUUCGAAACACAUUGAGCAAUGUCCUCCGUAUGUUCACCCACUUGAGGUGACGUUACAAUUGUCGAUUAGUGGCAAAUGGCCUGAGGAAUUAGAAGCCAUUAAAAAAACAAAAGCAGCUUUUCACAUACAAAUCGCGGAGUGUCUUAGGAACCAGCAUCAGUUGAAAGUGCAAACCAGUCCUUCUUAUGUAGAUGUGUUUCAGGAUGGAUUGGUUUUCCGAUUAAGAGUAGCGCAUCAAAAAGAAAUUGCUUUAAUGAAACAAGUUAAAGAGAACGGAGUGAUUAAAUAUAGAGACACCAAAGAAUCCAUAGAGUUGGAAAACAAAUUGUUCCAUUUACCUAAAUUGAGCAGCGCCUUACAUGGAUUGCAUUCUCAGCAACCAUCGUUUGGUCCUGCAUGUUGUCUAGCAAAACGAUGGUUAUCGGCUCAGCUGUUGGAUGAUACUUAUAUGCCAGGAAUUGUAGUUGAAUUGCUCAUGGCGUCGAUAUAUCUAAUACCGGAACCGUAUAAGCCAGCUCAAAUGCCGCAAGUAGCAUUUCUACGGUUUCUAGAAGUUGUUGCGAGAGCUCACUGGAACACCGAUCCCGUCAUUGUUAAUUUUAAUAACGAAAUGAGCAACGAAGAAAUUGUUGCCGUAGAGACAUUGUUUAAUACAGCUCGCAGUUCGUUACCACCUUUAUUUAUAUCUACUCCUUACGAUCAGCAAAAAUCUUUAUGGACACGAGAAGCACCGUCUCUGCUGAUUUUAAAUCGCAUAAGUGCGCUUGCAAAGGCAUCGCUGGAAUCAUUCAAUGAUAUGUUGACUGAUAGUACGAUAGAUAUAAAACCUCUAUUUCGUCCCGCAUUGUCAGAAUACGAUUGUUUGAUACAUUUGAAGUAUGAGAUGAUCUGUAGAAGAUUGCAGGCGGUUGAUAUACCUGAUUCAGUGAACAUUGUAAACGUACAUCCAUACAAGAUGCAUUCGCUUCAAAAAAUUCCAGUUGUAGAUUUUGAUGCGGUGCAAUGUUUCUUAAAAGACUUACGGGAUGGUUACGGCGAUUAUGCCUUAUUUUUUCAUGAUACUUAUGGAGGUGCGGUAAUUGGAGUUCUAUUGAAACCUCAUGCUCUCGAGCCAAAAGAUUUUAAAGCGUCAGAAACUAACUGCAGAAAGCUUGACGCUAAUGGUAAACUUGUGCUGAACGUAUCAACAAUGAUUGAAGAUUUUUACGUUUUGGGACAAGGCAUCAUACGUACGAUUGAUGUGCCUAGUACUAAGAGAUUUUCAUUGAUAACGACAGAAUCGACUACGUAGAUACGAUCAGGUUUAAAAAAAAAAUCAUGUUUUUACAUUUAUUUAUAACAUGUAAUUCACCAAACAUAGAAAAUAUAUUUUA